AUGCGCUUGGUCGUCGCCGUCGUCGCGGCGCUGCUCAGCCUCGGCACAGCGCAGCUGCCAUGCGCCGCGUACACGCCGCUCAAAGCUGUGCUCGAGACGUGCGUCUCGUACGACAUGCCAGGGCCCAACACGGCGCAUGUGUCCCACACGUCGUCGGUGAUCGCGAGCAGCUCGGCGCUCGUCGUUGUCGGCGGCUACUCGAUCAGCACGGGCCAGCCCGUGAUUGCGAAUACGGUCCAAGUCUACAGCCCGUCGUCGCCACACACCGCCAUACACCCGACGCUCUCAAUUGCGUCGGGCGGGCCCAGGACCAAUACGCAGCAGUUUUUACCUGGUAGCCGCAUCGAGCAUGCGGCUGUCGUCUGGGAAGACGCCAUUUUCAUCUACGCCGGCACCAACACGGACAUCAUGGGCGAUCUUUGGCGGCUCUGCGUCGGCAACCCAUAUACCUCGGGCAUCUGGGACCAAGUGUUGAACGCGACAAUGUACAUACCGACAGCACGCACGGGCCACUCGGCAACAACGCUCCUCGUCAACGCAACGAGCAGCGUGCACUUGGUCUUCGGCGGCACGCUCGCCUCCUCUUAUGCGGCGAGCAACGAGACUGUGUUUAUGGUGCUGACCAAGCCAAGUGGCGGCGGCGUCGGGUGCCAGUCGGCGGUUCCCAGCGUGACGUGGCAGCCGAUGGCGCUUUUACCCAACACGUCGAGCCCACUGGGCCGCGCGUACCACUCGAUGACGCUCAACCGUGACGAGUCGUUCCGCAGCUGCUUUGUCCUGUACGGCGGCCAGAGCCUCUUCAACAACUCGAUCUUCAACGACGUGUGGACGCUUUGUCCGACGCUAUCAUCGACGCAAGCCAGUGUCGAGCAGCAAACGUACGUCUGGACGCAGCUCGAGCAGCUCGGCACGACGCCGCCGCCGCGCUUUGGGCACACGGCGAUCGCGUCGUACAUCAAUCGCGUUGUCGUUCUUGGCGGCUCGUUCCGGUUCCCCAGUGAUUACAUGAGUGACGGAUGGGAGUUUAACCUGGCGCUCCUGCGCUGGCUGCCGCUGCCCCUCGCGUACACCAAUGGCUCGUUCCUGAGCCCGCGCCGAGCCCACUCGACCAACUACCUCAAUGCGACCAAGACACUGGUCCUUCUCGGCGGUGUCGGGCGAUACGCGCUCGUCACCGGCAACUCGAUCCAGUGCGCAUACACGUCGGCGCAGUGCGCGUCAGGGCUCGUUCAAGUCUAUUGCAACGCCACCGGAGAGAUCGUCUGCCAACCAUGCGCCGCCGGGUCCUACGCAGCAAUUGGCGACGCCACGUGCAGGACGUGUCCUCCAGGCACGUACGCCGUCGAGGGCGCGUCGUCGUGCACGCUUUGUCCCCUCGGCACGUACAGCGGCCUUGUCGCUGCGCCGAGCCUCGCAUCGUGUCUCAGCUGUCCCAAGGGCACGUACUCGUCGGUUCCGCAAGCCACGUCGAUCGCCAACUGCACGCAGUGUCCCGCUGGUACCUUUGCGGCCCAAGCCGGGUCGAGCGCGUGCUCUCCGUGCAGCGCCGGCUACUACUCGGUCGGCAACGCCACGCAGUGCGCCGCGUGUCCUGGCGGCACGUUCAGCCCGCCGACGGCCUCGACGUGCACCAAUUGCUCAGCGGGGACGUACGCGCCAUCCACGGCGAUGGGCGCGUGUCUGGGAUGCCCCAGGGGCAUGUACAGCAACGCGUCUGCUCUCAGCUGCACCGCCUGCCCCCUCGGCACAUUUAGCGCUACCACGCAGGCAAGCUGGGCCGGCUGCGUCGCGUGUCCGAUGGGCUCCUUUGGCGCUCGCACGGGCCUCGCUGCGUGCUCAGCGUGUCCCGACGGCACGUACAGCGCGGUGGUCGGCAGCGCUACUGCCGCCAGCUGCAUCCAAUGCCCCGCGGGAACGUACUCGAACGGAAACACGACCAAGGCGGCGGCGUGUGCGCCCUGCGGUCUCGCGACGUACGCCAGCAGCACAGGCACUGCGGGCUGCACGUCGUGCCCACUCAACACGAUCACGCUUGCGACAGGCGCGACAUCAUCGACGCUGUGCGUGUCAUGCCCGAUCGGGUCGCAGCGUAGCCUCACGCGGGCGACGUGCGAAGCGUGUCCGCCUGGGACGCACCGGCUGCAUGCGACUGCUGGCUGCGCACUCUGUCCCUACGGCACGUACACAAGCUCGCUGACGGACGCCCAAAACACCCAAUGCACUGGCUGCAGCCCCAUGACGUAUAGCAGCGGCGUUGGGUCCACGGCCUGCACACCGUGUCUACCGGGUACGUACGCCUUGAAUCAGUGGGCAGCGUGCUUGCCGUGUUCGCCAGCGUGUCCCAUCGGACGCAACGGCGGCGUCUGCUCGUACCACGGCAACUGCAGCUAUGGCGGUUGCAGCUGCAGCGAUGGGUUCGCGGGUGUUGCGUGCGAGACGCUCGCGCCAGGACUGACGUCGAUUACUGCCGCCAACGCUUCGGGCGUCCUGUACUUUGCAACCCCCAACAUGACGCUGCUCUUCGACAACGCGUCGUCCAACUCCGUGCUCCUGGCGCGCGACGGCGGCUACCUCGGUACGCUGAGCGCCGUGGUUGCGCUAGCCGGGGGCAAUGGCUCUGUCACCAAUGGCGGGCUGCCAGCCGCGUGGGCGACCACCGUUACGUUUGCGGCGCAGCAGACAUCGAUGAGUCUCUCUCUACCCGUCGCGCCGAUCAGCAGCGGGCAAGGCUGCACGUCGAUCGUGCUCUCGUUGCGCAACCUCAACGCCGGCAGUGUCUCGAACGUGUCCCUUACGGACGGCGCUUCAUUGACGCUGCUCGUGCAAGCCACGAGCGUCUCGACCACCGCGCUCGUGCAGGCGCCGUCGGCCGUCAACGGCUUCAACUCGACCGUGCUCGUGGCCUCGACACAGAGCUCGAGUCUUUCGAUCCCGCUGGCGCUGCCAGUUGCGGCGGUCGUCGAGACGUACAUUUACUUGGAUACGAGCUUGGAUCCGUCGUACACGCCGCUGCUGCCCGCGCUGCUCGCGGCCGUCCAGCAAAACUACGAAGCGCAAGGCGUCGACUGGCGCUUCUACUCCAACCUCAACACGACGUUGUCGACCUUUGGCCACGCUGCGAGCGCGCUCCAUGGCGCCGCGCAAGCCAUCCAGGUCGUCGAUGCUACGAGGCCGGACACCAUGACCAUGCAGCCCGUUCAAUGCGGCACCGCUCUUGGCCACCAACUUUUUAGCGUCAAUCCCGUGGAGCUCGGGCGCUCGGCGCACGCUGCUUGUCGUGACGAUGGCCCCGUCCAUCAAUGCGGCCACAACAACGUCGACCUCGCUGCGGACCGUAGACGCCUGCGUCCUAUCGUUGACCGCGUCAUGCUGUAA